CCCAGUUCACGAGGCGAUAUCUCACCUCUCCUCGGUGGUUCCCGACAUGCACUUCUCUAUCUCUCUGGGCACGCUUGGUUGUGCCCUCUCCUUCGCUCUUGGGGUCUCUUCUGAGGAGAACAAGCGUAAUGACCAGCCAUCUUUCAAUUUGUACCAGGGCUCGGACUCCCAGGACUCCGUCUAUAAUGACCCUGCUUCCAAUCUCCAGUAUACCCUGUCUUCGGGAAAUCCGUAUCCGAACCCAUUUAUGUUUGAUAGACUUGGUACGACCGGCCCUGUACUGUUGCAAGGCGUGAAUCUGAUCGAGGAACUUGCCCACUUUGUCCGCGAAAGAGUGCCAGAGAGAACAGUUCAUGCGAAAGGUGCAGGUGCACACGGAUAUUUUGAGGUGACUACAGACGUUGGCGCCAAAUACAGCAGAGCGGAUCUUUUCUCAGAGAUCGGCAAACGGACAUCGGUAACUGGGCGCUUCUCCACUAUCGCCGGGAAUCUUGGACAACCAGACAGUGUUAGGGACCUCCGCGGACUGGGUUUCAAGCUUCGUACUAACGAAGGAAUUCUGGAUUGGGUGUUUUUGAAUCAUCCAGUGUUCUGGAUUCGUGAUCCAACUAAAUUUCCUCACUUCAUUCGUUCGCAAAAGCGUAACCCUCAAACCCAUCUUACUGAUUAUAAUAAUUUCUGGGAUUUCCUAUCGAACAAUAAUGAGACCAUCUAUCAGGUCAUGCGGACGAUGUCUGACUUGGGUACACCGUAUGGAUUCCGGCACAUGAAUGGGCAUGCUGGAAACACUUUUCGUUUGGUGAAGGACGACAAUACAUGGAAUUACGUCAAGAUAUCGGCAUACACCGAUCAGGGUAUCAAGAACAAUACGCAAGAUGAGGCCGUUCGAGUCGCGGGCGAGAACUCAGACUUUGGAAUCUCCGAUCUCUUUGAAGCUAUCGAGGCCGGCAACUACCCGUCGUGGACAAUCUAUUUCCAGGUGAUGGAUCCCAAGACUGCAGAGAAAUUCAAAUACAAUAUCUUUGACCUCACAAAGGAAUGGCUUGUUGAAGAUGUGCCGCUUCAAGAGGUUGGGCGUAUAACAUUUAACCAAAACCCAACCAAUUACUUCGCAGAAAUCGAACAGAUUGGCUUUGACCCGGCCCAGAUGCCACCUGGAAUUGAACCCACCGAGGAUCCUAUGCUUCAAGCUCGGCUGUUUGCAUACGGUGAUGCUCAGCGCUAUCGUAUCGGCAUCAAUCACAAGCAGCUGCCCAUUAAUGCUCCGAUCAAUCCAGUUGCUAACUUCCUUCGUGAUGGGUUCAUGAGCUUCAAUAAUCAAGGUUCAAGGCCAAACUACAUGUCUACCAUCGACCCGAUCAAUCUUGAGCAGAGACCCUAUAAUGACGACAAUCAUACCAUAUGGACAGGCGGUGCGGUCAAGUACGUCAGCCGGCCAACAGAGCUCGACUUUGAGCUGCCCAGAAUCUUUUGGAAUCAACUUUCGGAGACUGACCAGGAGCACCUCAUCUCCAAUGUUGUGGGCCACCUCGGGCGUGCAACCAACGAGCGCAUCAAGAGGAAACAGUGCGAGAUCUUUGCCCACGUCAACGCAACCCUCGGUCAAAGGAUCGCGAGUGGCGUGAACGUAACGUUAUCAUGA